UUCCACGGAAGAUAUCGUUCGAAAACAUGUCUGACUUCUGCCCGGUCUACGCCCCCUUCUUUGGUGCUAUGGGCUGUACUUCUGCUAUCGUCUUCACUUGCAUAGGUGCCAGUUAUGGAACGGCGAAGUCAGGAGUCGGCAUCUCUGCCAUGUCGGUUCUCCGGCCUGACCUUAUGAUGAAGUGUGUUAUCCCCGUUAUCAUGGCUGGUAUCAUUGCUAUCUACGGUCUCGUCGUCUCGGUGUUGAUCUCUUCAGACCUCGCAAUGCAAAUGUCGCUCUUCCAGGGUUUCGUGCAGCUCGGUGCUGGUUUAUCCGUCGGUCUUGCUGGUCUCGCGGCUGGUUUCGCCAUUGGCAUCGUUGGUGACGCCGGUGUACGGGGAACUGCGCAGCAGCCGCGUCUAUUCGUCGGCAUGAUUCUCAUACUGAUUUUCGCUGAAGUGCUGGGUCUCUACGGACUUAUCGUUGCACUUAUCAUGAACUCGAAAGCCGCAGAUGCAGCCGGUUUUUGCACUGCAUAAGCUGGUUUCGAAGGCAAGGCCAGAGAAAACGGGCGAAGCUAAGAGUAUCUCGUACAAGGAGCUCACAGCGGACCAGCUCACCCUUCCCUUGCCAAAUCUUGUAUCCACACGCCUCACGACUGCAUCCAUAACUAUGUGCGAUGUGCAUACCCGUUGUUUUUCUGCACCUACGGCAAUUCGUUGCUUCUGGGUCCCAUAUGUCAACGGGCAUGGCUUCUAGUAGAGAGCCACAUUUAUAUCGACCAGGGAUUUGUAGAUUCUGCGCAAACAUACACAGCCUCUGGCCGGGGCAGCAAUCAAUAUUUGCAAUGCACCUGAGCAUCCACGC